AACGCAGAUCUCAUCUAAACUCUCGUUUCCAUACUUCCUUCCCUUCCCACAAAUCCCCUCAAAGAAACAUAAUUCUCCCCAAUUUCCCAAAUCUGCAUCUUUAGGGUUCUGUUUUUAACUUCCAAUUCCCAAAUUCAGAUCUUAAUUUGCUCAAAUAAGUCAAAAAAGGUGCAAAAUGUACGGAUUCGAAGCUAUGACAUUUAACAUCCACGGCGGUUACUUGGAAGCGAUCGUGAGAGGUCACAGGGCCGGACUCUUAACCGCCGCCGAUUACAACAAUCUUUGCCAAUGCGAAACCCUUGAUGAUAUCAAGAUGCAUCUCUCCGCCACCGAGUACGGCCCUUAUCUCCAAAACGAACCUUCACCAUUGCAUACGACUACAAUUGUAGAGAAAUGCACUCUUAAACUUGUUGAUGAGUAUAAGCAUAUGUUAUGCCAAGCUACGGAGCCAUUGUCCACCUUCUUAGAAUAUAUCACAUAUGGUCACAUGAUAGACAAUGUUGUCUUGAUUGUUACUGGAACCUUGCAUGAGAGAGAUGUUCAGGAGCUCUUGGAGAAGUGCCAUCCUUUGGGCAUGUUUGACAGUAUUGCAACCCUGGCAGUUGCUCAGAACAUGCGCGAACUCUACAGAUUGGUUCUUGUUGACACUCCUCUGGCUCCAUACUUCUCUGAGUGUAUUACCUCUGAGGAUCUUGAUGACAUGAACAUUGAAAUCAUGAGGAACACUCUCUACAAAGCAUACCUUGAAGACUUCUACAAAUUUUGCCAAAAACUUGGUGGUGCGACCGCAGAGAUCAUGUCUGACCUCCUUGCCUUUGAGGCUGACAGAAGGGCUGUAAAUAUCACCAUUAACAGCAUUGGCACUGAACUUACGCGUGAUGAUCGGAGGAAAUUAUACUCGAAUUUUGGUCUGCUUUAUCCCUAUGGCCAUGAGGAACUUGCUGUGUGUGAGGAUAUUGACCAGGUCCGUGCUGUGAUGGAAAAAUAUCCUCCCUACCAAUCAAUUUUCUCCAAACUAUCUUACGGAGAGAGCCAGAUGCUUGACAAGGCAUUUUACGAGGAGGAAGUGAAAAGGCUUUGCCUAGCUUUUGAGCAACAGUUCCAUUAUGGUGUUUUCUUUGCAUACAUGAGAUUAAGAGAGCAAGAGAUCAGGAACCUGAUGUGGAUCUCUGAAUGUGUGGCUCAAAACCAAAAGUCUAGGGUUCAUGACAGUGUGGUCUUCAUAUUUUAGAUGAUGGAGGAUUGGGUAGGAAUAGUUAAUCGGGUUGAAUCAGCUGUAAAUUUUCGUUUCUCUUCUUAAUUUAUCAACAUCCCAUAUUAUAAUUGGAGUGGUUUAGCUGCUCUGUUUCUAAACAUUGUGUUGUUAAAGAAUAAAUUCCAUAUGAUUAUUAUAUAUAUGUUUGAUAUGGUUUUUUGGGGGUAAAAUGUAGUAUUCAGAUUGAUUAAAAUGUAUUACUGUCUUGACUUUGAGGUUGUUUUCAAUAAUUUAAUGAUGAAGUUUCUAGGAAA